UUCCGAGUCGCGCAUUCAGUCACUAGUAGACGAUUGUAAUAGGAUCGAACAGGAAAAGAUAGAAUUUCAAGUUUUGCAGGAGAAUCGUGAAGCGGAUAUGCACAGCGAGAUGGAGAGAUUGAAAGCAGAGAUUGUUGAGAAAGGGAACCGGCUGGAAGAGUUAAACAAGACCCUGGAUGGUCUUAAACUCAAUUUUGAUACAUUAACAGCAGAACGAGACGAGCUGAAUGCAAAGGUAAGUUCUUUGGUUGCUGAUAUUGGGUCUAGAGAUGAAAAGAUCUGUCCAAUGGAAGAGCAUUUGCACAAGUUACACAUAGAGCAUGUGGAGUUAGUGUCAGCGUGCGAGGAAGCUAGGAAACAAGCGGAGAAUCAAGCAAGAAGGCUGAGAGAAAUGGAAGAAGAGGUGGAGAAGCAGAGAAUAGUGAUAACAGAUGCGGCAGAAGAGAAGCGGGAAGCAAUAAGGCAGCUGUGUUUCUCCAUGGAGCAUUACAGGAACAAUUACGAUGACCUUAGAAAUGCAUUUCUUGGUCACAGGAAGCAGACACCAUCUCCAGUAUUAGCUUCUUGAACCGAGGUGAUGCAUAACAGUAAGUAUAACAUCGUAAUUGAAGAGAAUCCAAUCCAUCCUUGAACUCUCUUUCUUUUUUAAUUUAGAGAGUUGAGAGACUACUACUAGGCACCACUAUUUUGUAAGUUUGUAUGUAUUUUGAGUUUCUUUGUCCUUGAAAUGUUGUUAUUAUUGAGUCUAAAACUGGGUAAUCUAAUGCGUACAGUUAUUUUAAGUAGCUU